UCUUCCCCCUUCAUUUUCACUUUUCAUCGUCUUCGCGCCUCACAUUUCAUUUUCAAUCUUCGCGUCUUCUCUUCUCCUUUUUUCCUUCUCCACGCCGCACUUUUUCUUCUUCUUUCUCCACGCCGCGCCUCUCAAUUUCUCUUUCCUUCCUCACUUUUCCUUUUUCACCUCUCCACUUCGCGUUUUGCUUCUCUGGCGGCGUGAGGCCAUGACUGUAGUACGAUUUCGAUGCGAUGAAGGUAGCUGGCUCGUGAAUGCAGGUAGCUGGCUCGUGAAGAAGAUGCAGACAGUGAGGUGUUGAUGGUUGCACGAAUCUAGCUCGUGGUCUGAUUCGGGGCUUUUCUAAUUUAGUACAAAUAGAUAAAUAUAAUAGAUGUUGUUUUGCUUGUCUUUGCCAACAAGCAAGAUCUUCCUAAUACAAUGAAUGCUGCAGAAACAACCGAAGAGCUUGGUCUUCAUUCACUCCGUCAAUGUCACUGUGCUAUAUUUUAUUUGACCAAAGAGAUUUGAAUGUGAGCAAACCCUUCUCAUUCAAUUGCUUGAUUCAUGGAAAAGAAAUUCUGAGUCAGCUUCGUGAACUAAUAAAGUUGGAGCUGGACUUGUUUCAUGGAGAAGUAGAUGCUGCUGAACCACAAAAGCAAUUUGAAAAUUUGUCUACAGGUUUUGAACGUGACAUAGAGACUAAUAUGUUUCCUUCAUAUGAGAUAAACAAACCUUGUCGCCCAUUGGCAUCAGGGGAUUAUUCUUUUGGAACUGGUCUCAUUCUCAUGUUUGAUUCUGGGAUGAGACAUUUGAAAUUCUUGGAGAAAAAUUGCUUUCAUGUUAAUAAAAGCUCCAUGGUUAUCACUUUUGGUUGAUUUUGAGGACGAAGAAGUAGAUAUUGGCUCCAUGCAUGUAUCAGAAAAGUAUGCAUUUUUACUUUGUUCUCAGACAUUUGAAAUUCUUGGAGAAAAAUUGCUUUCAUGUUAAUAAAAGCUCCAUGGUUAUCACUUUUGGUUGA